AUGCCCAAGAUUGAGGAAGUAGAAGACUACGAUGAUAUCGAUAACCUCGAGAUGGAUUUGGCGGAGCUGGACCCGUCAUUGAGAACACCUAUAGCACCGAAGAUUACUCCGACUGUUGUGAGAAGCCAGGAUGGUGAGCGUCAGACGGUGGCAGAGUCUAGCAGAAACCAGGUCAGUUUUAUCAAUCCCGAAACCGGCAAAGUUGAGGGCAGCGCCCAAAUAUCGAAGGAAGAACUGGAAGAGGUGAAGGGCUUCCAGGUGCUGUAUCCCUGCUAUUUCGACAAGAGGAGAUCACACAGGGAGGGGAGACGCGUUCCGCUGAAACUGGCGGUCGAGAACCCGCUUGCGAAGACCGUGGCUGAUGCAGUUCGCAGCUUGGGACUGCUCUGCAUCUUCGAAGGCGAGAAGACGCAUCCGCAGGACUUCGGCAAUCCUGGCAGAGUGCGUGUAUUGCUGAAGGAGGACGGGCGAUUGGUUCCAUCGGCUGCCGGGUAUAAGGGUGGCAAGAGACAGCUGAUGGUCCAGAUCGCAGAGUACCUGAUCAAGCACCCGACGACACCGGAGAGCCUGAGGGAGAUCCCAUACGGCCCCGAGUUCGACGGUAUUGAGUUCAGGAGAGUGCCAAUGGUCAAGGGUUUCAAGAUGAACGACAUAGUGCCGCUGCACAGUCCCUUCUUGCUAGGACAUCCCAUGACCAAAUCAAUUUACGACACCGCUAAGCCAGCAGCCGCAGCUCCAGAGAAACAAUUCAAGGCGAUGAAGAACAAAUUCAAGGUUAUAAGAAGGUAG